UUAUUUAGGGAUAUCAGUAAAGGAAGGCUGAACACAAAACACCACCCUUCACAAUUUAAUUUGUUAAAAAAAAAAAAAACAAUAAAACAAUUUCCAAAUAAAAAUUUGGAAAUUUGUGGUUGGAAGGUGGCAAAUUGUGAAAAAAAUAUUGGCAUGAAUGCUUUUGCAAGGUGUAAUUUUUCUAUAAACAAGCGCCCUUUUCGUGCAAAACCUUCUUUCAAAGAGUUUUAAGCUACAAAUAAUGCUUCAGUUGUUGUCUAGAUCUAGAACUUCAAUGCUUCUGGAUGUGCAUGGGUUCUACAUGCUUUCUACUGGUGCUGAGAACUGUAUGAACCCAGUACUACAUGUACAAGUACAAGAAACACUGCUUCUCCUCCUCUCUGCUACACACACACUCAGAGAGAGAAAGAGAGAAAGAGAGGAGGCGGAAACCUCCAUCUGCCCUGCUCGGUGACCGACCCGUCAUCCUCAGGAACCGGGAGGAGACGGAUCUUCUUCUCGCUUCUCUUCCUUUUCAUCCCUUUUACUUUAUAUAACACUGGAUGCAGAACCGAGAGUAAAGACGGAGGAGGGCUGAGAUGAAGAAGUAAAAACCGGAGAUUUAACAUGGAUGAGAUCUAUAGUCUAUAUAUAGGCUUUGCCCCGGACUGCACCACCACCAGCAGAAGCUCCGCCGCCGCCACCAGCUGCCCCCAUGGUACCGGUAAGUCACGGAGGGAACAGCAGGGGAUUGCCUCGUCCCGGCGCGGGUUGGUCCCAGCUGUGACCGGGUACUGAUGCUAACUGACCCGUGAAAAUGACUUCUGAGGUCUUGUGAGGUCGGGUUACCGUUCAGCCAUGUUGCAGGAGAGGGGGCGGGAGGGAAGAGGAGCGGAGGUGUGUGUGUGUGUGUGAGUGUGUGUGUGUGGCUGUGUGUGUGUGUGUGUGUGUGUGUGUGUGUGUGUGUGUGUGAGUGUGUGGCUGUGUGGCUGUGGUCGCGCGCUGACACCUGCCCCUGUUCCCGGUAACGAGAGGCAGCGCGAGCGGAAGCCGUUAGAGCCGUUCAAAGCUGAGCCGAGCAUCGCUCCAACAUCCAGUUCCGGGAGCUGACUUUCUGACUCGGUGUGCUGGGGAGUCUGAGCGCCGUUCAGCCAUGUUGCAGCAGGAGGGAGAGCGAGAUAGAGCGGGGAGAGGUCAAUGAGAGGCAGCAACAGCUUGCUGUGAAGAGCGAAUCCUCCCUCUGCAAUCCCCCCUCUUCUUUUCUCCUCCAUGAUCUCCUCACUUCCUUACGUUAGGAAACACAGCCUUCUUAUUUUAGCAACACUGCCUUCCUCCUCCUCCUUUUCCUUCUCUCUUGUCCUUCUCUUUCUCUGAGUUUUGACUCUUGAUUUUUCUUUUUUUUUUUGUCAAACACACACGCUCUAACAUGAAGCGUGGGUCGAGUGUGUUGCAGCCUCCCUCUGAUGCAGCCAAACGACACACACACCCCACACUGACAAAGACACACUCUAAUGAUGAUGCUUUUUCGCUGAGUGGGUCUAAUGCGCACGCAGAAUGCCCGCUGGGCACGCGUGCCGCAGGUUCGAGUCCCUUCCCAUCAGCCACCUCUUUGUUCAGCCCUGAUGUCAGCACCAAGAUGGCGUCUGACCUCCUCAUAAGGCUUUCAGAGGCCACUCAAAAGGCCCAGAUGCAUCCUGGGAGCCGAGAGGAGGUGGAGCAGCAGGAUGAACCCGGCGUCGCCCUUUCACCGGACGGCCCCGGGGCGAGUCCUGAGCCGCCGUCGUUGACACACACCCCAGAGGGAAACACCGUCACAGACACGCUGGCUUCAGACCUGCUCCGGAAGCUGGCAGAGCGUCAGGAAGUGAAUGGCCACAUGUUGAGGCUCAAAGAGGAAGAAGAGCCUCUGGAAGUCGACACAAUGACCCAAAAUCAGCCAGCCAUCGAGGAGACUUCUCAUUCCACCUUAAGGAUGACAAGCUGCCAUCUCUUCACUGUUAAAACAGAAAACCAGGGCCUCACUAGGAAUACGACAGCUGACCAAUUGCUCCCUGGAGCCAAAAUGGUGGACCAGUAUACCUUUGGUCUUAAAAGAGAAGAUGGGUUUUCUGCCUCUAACUCAGCAGAGUGCUUCAUUAAUGCAUCAAACAGUUUUCAGUUUCAGGUGAAACUGGAGGAUUGUGGAGCUUCUGAAAUCAAAGUGGACGAUCACCUCCAUACCAGAGCCAACAUGGAUGACCUUUGUCCUGUUAAAGCAAAGAUUCCAGAGAAACCUUUUUCUGGAGCUAAGAUGAGCAACAGGUUUUUCUCUGGUAUCAAGAAGGAGAACCAGUUUGCAUCAGGUGCCACGUUGGAGAAUGGGCUUGUGUCUGAAACCAAGAUAGCUGCUCAGGUUUUCUCUGCAGCAAAAAUGGAGGAGCAGUUUCUCUUUGGAGCCAAGAUGGAGGACCAGUGCCUCAGAGCCGUCUUGUGGCAGGACAUGUCAGUGAACCUGGCCUCUACAUUACUGCAUCAGCUCUCGGAGAAAGUCAGUAAGUCCAACUGUCAGCAGGUGGAGAGGAUGGCACCCCCCAUCAGAAACAGUCCUGUUUUGAAGAUCAAUAUGGACCACCCCUCCUCUCCACUGUUGAGCCCCCGAGAAGCUCCACAUGAAACUCAAACCAAUGUCAUUAGAGGUCGAACCACAGGUACUUCUUACUUCUUCAGGUGUCACGUAUGCGGCUUUGAGACCGAGGGACACGCCCUUUUCAAGAGUCACAUGACGGAACACCGCCAAUGGGAACACGGCUCCUUCUCCCUGCACUGCUGCAGGUGCGACCACUCAACUAAUCAGGAGGCAGAGAUGAUGGCCCAUGUGGAAACACACAUACAGGGCGAUAUGGGAGAAAUCAGACGCCCGGUCACACUUCCCGCCACCUCCGGCAGAGCUCUGCCGGUUGCCUUGGCAACGCAGCCGGAGCAGAGCACCUCCGAGCAUCGUUGCCGCAUCUGCCAGAGGUCGUUUCCCGGGCAACAGGAGCUACUGGUCCACUUCCAGGGUCAUCGCCAAGGCAACCAGUACCGAUGCGACCGCUGCGGUCACCUGACGCGGACGGCCAACAAGCUGGUGGAGCACGUGCGCGUGCACACGGGGGAGCGGCCGUUCACCUGCGGCCUCUGCCCCUACAGCGCCAAGCGGCGGGACAGUCUGCGGCUGCACUGCAAGGUGAAGCACGGCACGCAUGGCACCGCCGCCGCCGAUGCGCCCGGCGACGUGCACACACACCGGACGUACGCCCACCACGGAGACGGUCAGCGCUCGAACAAACACGUCCAGCGGCUGCAUACGCCGGCCAGCACUCACACUGCCUCCUCUCAUCCUCCUCCUCUUCUGCUGCAGCCCCUGCUCUCUGACCGUGCAGGAUGGAGAGAUUUAUCUCCUCUCCUCCCCAUCACAACACUCAUCUCCCUGAAACCUCGCUCCCCUUCAUCCUCCUCCUUCUCCCUGCCUUCCUCCAACAAACACUCCUUCCUGGGUUACCUCGGCCUUACAUCUUCUUUGUAAAUGUUAGUUUUCGUCUCCUUUUCACCUCCUUUCAUCCCUCCUCCCUUCUCCUCCUCUGUCUGUCCUCUGGACUAUAAUGGAUGGAUGUAGAGCUCUGUAAUGUACUGUCGCCCAGCACUACAUAUGAGAAUGUCAAACAGCUCCUGCCAUGUUCAGAGCACUCAUAUAGGGAACGUUUUCUAUUUAUUCGGCACUUGCAUCAAGCUCGUGAUUUUUGCUGCGUUCCUGCCUGCUUUCCUCCUUCAUAUAAUCACUUUACUCUUAGCUAGGUAACCGUGGGACAUAUUUAUUGCCUGUUUUUUGUCCUCCAGAAAUCCUAAACUUAAAAAUCCUCAUUUAAAAUGUAUUUUCUUUUAGUAAAAACACCUGAAACAUCAAUGUAAGGAGGGUUGAAAAAGCUUUCUGAAACUAGUCAGGUUCUGUCUCUGACGGUUAGAAUCUCACUGAAGGGAAGAUCAGACAGAGUAGAGAUGAGAUAGUUUCAACUUACAGUGAAAUUAAGCUGAGCAGCAUUUCUUAAAUUCAUCUUUCGGGGAAGAAGAAGCCCUCAUGAAGUUAGCUGCACUAACACAACAGCUCCUUGGGAUAAAACUUCAGCAGUCAGACAACCUCAUAAUGACAUCAGUAAGAAAAAUAAAUUAAUAUCAGCCUUUUAGGAUAAGCAGCUGUUUGUUUACAAAAACCUGAGCAUUUUGAAAUGAACAAAUUCAAACAAAAAUUAGAUUUUUGCUACGGAGAACCCAAACAGUCAUGAUAAAAAGAAUAUACCCCCUCUUUUCUAGUGUUUUUCAUAACAGGACAUAAUCAAAUGUUUUCCUAGUAGUUGUAAAAUGUUAUAAAUCUGAUGCCUAUUUUCAGCAGCCAUUGGGCGAGAGGUGAGGUACAACCUGGACAGAUUGACAGUCCAUCACAGGGCAACACAGAGACACACGGGACAGGCAACCAUGCACCAAAGAGCAAUCUAGAAAGACCAAUUAACCUAACACGUUUUUAGAUUGAAGAGAACAUGCACAUUCCAUGCAGGAAGACCCCAGACUAGGAUUGGUUCCCAGGAUGUCCUGGCUGCAAGGCAACAGUGCUAACAAAGCUACCGCUGUGCCGCUCUGUUAUUUGUCUUAAUAACCGUUCUCAGUCUCAAAUGAUGGACUUGAAAUAGUUUGGAAACAGUCUUAUAACCCACACGAGUUGCUUCAUUGCUGAUAUCUUACUGCCCUGGCAUUGUGUUAGCAAACACCUGAGGUCACAUGCCUGGCUGCUACUCUCUUAUGAUUAUCUCCUUUUUAGCUUUAGGAAUCUGCCUUCCUUUUGGUACGUUUGAGGUUAGAUAUUUAUGAUUUUAUAACUAAGUAAGGAACAGAUCGUUUUAUGUCCUGAUACAUAAAAAGGCUAGGACUGAAGGAGGGUGUACUUUCUUUAUACCAUAACUGUAUUUAGGUUUCUAAAAUGUCUACCAACUUGCUGUUUGUUUUUGUCUCCUUUAGUCUGAAAAAUAUUUAUUUCUGUGUGAAGUACAGGUCUGCUGGGAAUGGAUCUCAACCAAUCCAGCUGCCUCAUUUUUAACUUCAAAUCUUUCAAAUUUUUCUCACUUCUAUCACCAAAAGCUGCAUGUUUUUCUUAUCUUAGGGAAGAAAUGAGCUAGAGGUCUUCCUCCAGGUCUUUGUCUGGUAUUUUAAGUCCAGACCAGAAAUUCUAACAUCUUUUAGAAAUUCUAUUUUACGUUUUUAAUAUCAGCAGUUCAUCACAACAACCUGAAAAACCAACAAAGGUUUUUAUUUUCAUUUUAUAAUCGAGUUCUCCUACAGUCUCUCAGCCUUCUGGAGGAGCGUCAGUCCAUAGCCUUCUCUUUGUAAUUUAAGGAUUUUUAAGGAUUCAUGGUUUCUGGAGGGCGUUGAUGAAUUUUCUAAUACCUGUGUUGUAUAUUGAUGAUGUAUUUGUGUUUACAUAACUACAUGAGGCUCAAAUGAGUCCAAAACAUCUGAAGGUUGCACUAUGAUCUGGGUUUGCUGAAACAGGAGAGAAAUCAGUUUAGAGCACCGCUCACAUUUUGUUUUUUAAUGGUUUUAUUGCAAACAGACUAAAAGGUGAAACCCCACCCAGGAACUUACAUUAUAUCCUGUUUUAGUGGUUAAUCCAUUACAGGGAGGCAGUUUUAAAUGUGUUUUAAUGAAUCAUUAGGGGCAUCAUAGAAACAUAAACAAAUGGGUGGGCAUACGUUUUUGAAUCACAUCCUCAAUUUAAAAAAUAAAGUUAACGUUUUUUCUCCUCGCCGCCUAAACGAAGCAGAAAGAUACCCGCAGUUUAAAGAGCACGAUAAAUAAACAUGAUUACACACACUU